GCAGUAUGAGACCAGACCAGACCAGACCAGGCUCUCCACAGGUGGCAGCUUGGACUCCAGCUUUUGUCGCUCCCGUUUGUCAAAUCAUGCCGCUCUUGGCGUGGUUUCUUUGGGUGUUGUUUCGUGGUGCACUGGGGGGUCCGGUCCAGCUCGCGACAUGGUCGGAACUUGGCGUAAAUCCGGUGAAGACAAAUCAGGACGGAGCCCCGCGCCCUCUGUUCUACCACCUGCCCAUGUUCCUGCACGCACCUGGGCCACUUGUGCCGCAAGAGCUGUUCCAGCCGGUUCCUCAUAAAAGUCCGUUUCCCGCCGGACUGACUGCGCUGCUGUUGCCGACCACGGAGGAACCGCAGAGCGUCCAAAAUACGGGUGCACGCGCUGUGCAAGUCUUUUGCGGCACCGAUAAAAUCUCUGUGCUCGUGGACCGCUUCCAGCUGCACGCGUGGACCACUCCGGCCCUGUUUCGACUGGGCUCGUGCCAGGCCAGCAGUGUCGGCCCCCGCUCGCUGUAUUUCCAGUACAGACUGACAGAGUGCGGCGGAGUAUCCAAGGUUGUUGGUGGUCAGCUGGUGUAUAGCUAUAUGCUGCGUUAUGUUCCACCGCCGCAAGGCUACAUCAUCAGAGUUCUACCUCUUAACCUUCCCAUCCAUUGCCAUUACAACAGGUUUCAUUACUCUUACCAAGUUGGCUUCAAACCUCAAAUUCAGCACACAACCUUUAUGAAGAGCAUCAGGAGCAAACUCAAGUACAGCCUCACCGUCUCCAAUGCCCAGGGGCAGCCCAUCCCUCCAGACCACUGGUUCUAUUUGGGGGAGACGGUGUACCUUGUGGCCCAGGCAAAAGUUCUGUUGUCUGGGGAGAGGCUUUACGUGGACUCAUGCUAUGCCACAAGCUCCAAGGAACCAACCAGCAUGCCCAAAGUGGAUAUCAUUGCUAACAAUGGCUGCAUGACAGACAGCAGGAGGGAGGGCAGCAGCUCCCGGUUCCUGUCGGGAGGGGGCAGUGUGGUGAUGUUCUCUGUGGAUGCCUUUCUCUUCAGAGCAGUCUCACAAGUGCUGUACCUCCACUGUUCAAUGUCAAUCGGUCUCACCCCUUCCCACACCUCAAAGUCCUGCAACUACAACAAGACUACUGUCAGGUGGGAGGAGCUGGAGGCCACAGCCCCAGUGUGCUCCUGCUGUGAUUCCAUGUGCUCCGACGUUCAGGACUCUGUCAAGAACACAGUCAGCAGUCCUGGCUGGCUCGUUGGACAGAAACCAAGGAUGGCGGUGGCAUCUUUUCAAGCAGAGGGAGGAAGAGACAGGGUGGACGAAGGAAAGGAUGAGCACCAUAAAAAAGUCCAGACUUUUCCAUGGGAGAUGGAGAUUGGCCAUGAGGAGGAAAAUGAUGAAGCCAUUCCUGAGGAAACAAAACGGAAGCACAGCACUCCAGUCAGCCAGCAGGUGAAGGAAGAAAAGGAGGGUGAGACAGAUGAGGUGGUAGUGGAAAAAGAAUUGGCAACAUAUAGCAUUAUGUCUGACCAGUUGAGACCAGAGGAGAUCCCUAGCACCAGAAAUGGUUCUGUGAGGAGUUUGUCCAGUGUCAACAGUAACACUAAGUCAUCAAAAGAUGGUUCUGGUACCACUAUUGCUACAAGAAGUCUUAGUAUUGACUAUAAUGCAAGUAAUCCCGGUUCAGCUGAAAAUGUUCCCGGAGCUGUAAUUCCAAACAUUAAACUUUGUCCUAAAGGUGAUCAAAUGAGUUGUAGUGAAGGACGCGAUGCUACUGGUGCAGAGAGCUUUACCCCCAAUAAUGUUAGAGCUUCAUCUGGCACCAGUUCUCCUUGGGAUUCAAGAGUCAAUGGGAGUCAUCUCAAAACUUUAGCUGGGACACAUUCUGACACCGCGAACUUUAAAGUUGACCCCCUAGAGUUUCUUAAUGUCAGUAGGUUAGGAGAGAGCAGGCUGGAGUCCGAGACAGUGGACAGUCUCCUGUGGUCGGAAGAGGUUGAGUCGGUGGGUAAAUCAGUGGGCACCAAGUCCAAUGAGUUACGAGGCCAAGUAGGUGUUUAUUUUAACGGUGAAGGACCACAUAGUUAUGGUGACGAAGAAGAUGAUGAUGAUGAUGAUAUGCUUCAGAGUCUACAGGUCAGAGGGUUGGAGUCAGAUCAGUCCACUGCUCAUCCAGCUGACUUCACAGACUCAAACUUUAAAGACUGGUUAGUUGGCGAGUCUGAUUCUGAAAUUAAAGAAGAUGAGGGUUCUGUUGGGUCAGAGGAAACGCUCAAAGACAGCCCCAGUCACUCUGCUGUGGUGGCCGUCACCAAUGCCCUGCAGGGCUCUGUGAGCAGCCAGAUGUUGGACAGGGGGUGGGCUAAGGGGGCGCUCGGAUGGGGCCUGCAGACUUUAGGGUCCAUGGUGGAGCAGCCAGCGGAGGAGUUGAGACGGGAGCGGAGGGAUGACUUCUAUUAAAGAUGAUCUCAGAGGUGUUGACGUUUCCACAAAGCAGUGAUGUGACAAUUGGAGCAAUAGAUUGAAAUACUCCUGUGCAGUUGAGUCAUUAUCUCUUCUAAUUAAGCUUAUUGGGCUCAAAAAGAGCAGGACAUAUUAUACUAUGCUGUUCUAUUGGUAGUUGACUGUCACAGCGGGGACUUGAAUCCAUACACGGAGCAUCAGCGGGAGGAAAUAAGGCACUUCCUGAUUAGCAGACAAUCUCAUCAGACUGCCUCAGUUUGUGGAGCUUCAACAAAUAUUGGAACCUCUGUAAAUAAUCAAGGACCAUGAACAGCUGGAGAGCAGUGGAACUCCUGACCCGCUCACUUGGAACAUGGAGUACAUGGAGAAGGCCAACUUGUCAAGACCAGAGCAGAACCUGGUGGUCAGCUGGCUGUUUCUAUGUAGAUAUGUUGAUGAACAAUAAACCAAGCCUUCACCUA